AGUCAUUCGGGUUUCAUCCUCUGUAAUACUCGUGCUCAGCGAUGGAAAACGACAAACCACUUCCCAAUACUGGCAUACCUCUACAGUGUACUGUCACUCCAGGGGAGGACCCGGACGAAAUCUACAACAAUCGACAGGAUGUAGAGAGCCCACUGAAGAAAUCUAACAGUGAGAAGGAUGAGUCUCACAGUGAUGUUGAGAUGGACUAUGAGCCAGCCAAACGACUUUUCUACAAAGUGAGCGAAAACCCGCCGUGGCAUCUUACCGUCUUUUUCGCACUGCAGCAAGCUCUUCUGUUUGUGGCCAUGAACCUGUCGGUGACUGUGCUGGUUUCAGAACUCGUGUGUGCAAGAGACGACGAACUUCUCAAGACUCAGAUAUUUUCAUCAACUCUCAUGAUGUCAGGCUUGGCUACCUUCCUGGUGACGACUCUUGGAGUAAGACUGCCUAUCUACCAAGGGCCUGCCUCGGCGUACAUAGUGCCACUAGUGGCUAUGAAAGACAUAGAUGAGUGGCGGUGUCCGUCUGAAAAUGAGUUAGAACUUAUGUAUGCCAACUCCACGGUGAACCUAACCAUGAGUGCCGGUGGCAAGCUGCUCAUUCCUAGAGAGUAUAUCUUACCAAAGCUGCAGUCCCUUCAGGGAAGUCUAAUGCUGGCUGGGUGUAUCCACGUGCUGAUCGCAACCACAGGAUUGAUUGGUUUUCUCCUGAGAUUCAUUGGACCAAUCACCAUCGUACCUGCCAUCACACUGAUUGGUUUGUCUAUUUACAAAGUGGCAGUGACGUUUUCAGAGACUCAAUGGGGAGUUGCCUUUGUCACAUCGGGCGUAGGGAUGCUAUUUGCGUUUUAUCUUGGCGGAAGAAACACCCCGAUACCAGCAUGGACCAGAAAGCGAGGAUUCCACAUUAUAUGGUAUCCUCUCCAUCAGAUGUUUGCGAUACUUUUCGCCAUUUUGAUUGGUUGGGGUCUCAGCGGCGUGUUAACGGAAACUGGAAUACUCUCACGUGAUCCGAACAGUCGGCAGUUCUAUGCUAGGACUGACAGCAGGGUCCACGUGAUAAGCGAAAGCCCUUGGUUCUAUUUUCCCUACCCAGGUCAGUUUGGACCACCUUCUUUCAACGUAGGUGCGUUUAUUUCCUUUCUCAUGGCAACAAUAAUGUCCGUGCUGGAUUCUAUCGGGGACUAUUCUGCGUGCGCGAGGAUGUGCUUUGUUCCUCGCCCGCCCGUUCAUGCUGUCAACAGAGGUUUAGCAAUGGAAGGGUUAAUGUCCGUGCUGGCAGGGGCUAUAGGUUGCGGACACGCUACCACUUCCUAUGGCAGUAGCAUAGGAACAUUGGGAGUCACAAAGGUAGCCAGCAGAAGAGUCUUCCAGGUUCUUGGGAUCAUGCUUGUGUUGUUCUCCGUCAUAAACAAGGGCGGGGCCAUCUUCAUCACCAUCCCAUACAGCGUUAUUGGCGGCAACAACAUUACGACGUUUGGACUCUUCAUCGGAAUAGUGCUGUCCAACCUGCAAUUCGUCGACCUCAAGUCCAACAGAAACCUCGCCAUUAUCGGCUUCGCGCUCUUUAUAGGGAUGUUGAUACCCAGCUGGAUCGAGACGAAACCAGAACAACUGGACACAGGUAACGAGGCGGCAAAUCGAAUCCUUAGAAUGCUACUUUCCAGUACUAUAUUUGUUGGUGGAUGCGUGGCCUGUUUUCUAGACAAUACAGUUCCAGGUACCAUUGAAGAAAGAGGGCUACACUGGGGCCAGCCUUAUGGUGAUGGUGGUGAAAAAGACAAUGACGUCAUCAACAGUGAUUUGUUCGAGGAAGGAGUCGAGGUGUAUGAUCCUCUCUUCAUACCAAAGUUCAUCAAAAAGUCACGUUUUGCAAGAUUCAUUUCUAUCAUUCCGGACGAAUACACCGAACGAGAGAAGAGAGUAUGAGAAUAAUUUAAAAUUUAAACUUUUUUUGUUAAUUCAGACAGUAGUCAUCAACAGUUUUUUUCGAAGCUAAUAUACAUCUCCAGAGAACAAUUUAACUUUUUGAUCUGUUUUUUUUUAAUAAAUGUAUCCUCAUUG